AUGAGCAAUGUCCAGCAGCCCAAGUCGGCAUCCACCGUCUUUCUCGAUCAGCCACCCAGCUGUUUGGAGUUUUGCCCUCAAGCACCCGAUCACUUCGUCAUAGGCACAUACUUGCUCUCUGAGACGAAAAACGCACACGACGAAAUCCAGCAAACGAAGACCGGCAGCGUACAGCUCUGGAAGCUAGACCCCGAUACAUCAUCAUUAUCACUGGUGCAGAAGGUCUCUCUUCCGUACGCAGUCUUUGAUCUGCAUUUUCACCCGAGAGAUACGGACAAAUUCGCUAUUGCCAGCAGUACCGGAUGUAUUUCUCUCUUCAGCGUGGAUCGUGCAACGCCAUCGAUUCAUCAACUUUGGACCAAGUCCGUCCAUGAAGACCCCUCUGUUCCCGCCCUUUUCUUCGCAUGGACUCCCCCCAAGUGGCUGUCCUCAGAGAAGGCGGAUGGCUUCGCUGUCACAUUCUCAGAUGGUCGAACUAGUGUCUAUGGCACAACCAAGGAUAUCAUGGAACCGGAUUCUAUCACCGAAUGGGGAACCUUCGACGCUCGACAGAUGAUUGAGGUGUGGUUUGUCGCCCUUCUUGCAAUGUCUACCUCGACUGAUACUGAAUCUGCAACCCAAUCAAUACCCUACAUGUUUACGGGGAACGAUUUCGGAUCCCUGCAUACUCGGCGAUUUGAAGUUCAAGAUGGGGAUGCGCACCAAGAUACUCAAGAGCAACCAGCAGUGAAUCUGCUUCUCGAACACGAUGAUCGUGCCCGUCAUCACACGGCUGGAGUUACGGCGAUUCUUCCUCUACCGGUGCCGUCGGUUGACGAUGCACCAAUUAUAUUGACUGGGAGUUAUGAUGAAAGUCUGCGUGUUUACCAUGCUACCCGAAGAGGCGAAGUUCUAGCUGAGCAAGGUCUCGGUGGUGGUGUCUGGCGACUCCAACUACUCAGCUGUCAGGAGCUGGAGACGAACCAUACGAUGCUGGUGUUGGCAAGCUGUAUGCACGCGGGGACUCGCCUUGUGCGAGUCACUCGCGUCCAGCAACAGGACGGGCCAGAAGACUGGACUAUCGAGAUACUGGCCGAGUUCACUGAGCAUGAAAGCAUGAAUUAUGCCAGUGACACUUGGAAAGGCACAGCGUCGUCAGAUGUCCUCUGUGUCUCAAGCAGCUUCUACGAUCGUCGGGUCUGCGUGUGGAGAGCAAGUGUCUAG